UUGGGUUUGAACUUUCUAACCAAACAUAAUUAGUUAUUCUGUACCAGAAAUCUCAUUUAUUUGAUUUUUUCUUUGUUCUUUCUUUCUUAUAUUUCACAAAUUAAAAUAAAAAAUUCCUAUUAAGUGUUAUGCAGUUUUUUAUAAAUUACUGUGUGUGAAAUCCAAUCAAAUGGCUUUUCAAACUAUACGUCAAGAAUAUAUCCAUAUGCCUGUUGUUACCAGAGCCUACACUACAGCUUGCAUAGUAACUUCUUUAGCAGUACAGUUGGAUGUAGUUUCGCCAUUUCAAUUGUAUUUUAAUCCAAUUUUGAUUGGAAAACAAUACCAGAUAUGGCGGCUUUUUACAACAUUUUUAUUUUUCGGAACAUUUGGAUUCAAUUUUUUUUUCAAUAUGAUAUUUACAUAUAGAUAUUGUCGAAUGUUAGAAGAGGGAUCUUUUCGUGGAAAAACAGCUGAUUUUGUAAUGAUGUUUUUAUUUGGAGGUAUAUGUAUGAUUAUUUUUGCGAUGUUUGUGAAUCUUCUCUUUUUAGGGCAUGCGUUCACAAUUAUGUUAGUUUAUGUGUGGUCCAGAAGAAAUCCACUAAUCAGAAUGAAUUUUUUUGGGCUACUAAAUUUUCAGGCACCAUAUCUACCAUGGGUACUACUAGGAUUUUCAAUAUUGCUUGGAAAUGCAGUUUGGGUUGAUCUUAUUGGAAUAGCUGUCGGGCACAUGUAUUAUUUUGCUGAAGAUGUAUUUCCGCUUCAAAGUGGAGGCUGGCGAAUACUUAAGACGCCAAACUUCUUAAAAUCCAUUUUCAAUCCUCAUGAUUCGGAUUUAGAUUACGUGCCAUUGCAAGAAGAUCGACCUGGUGGUUUUGAUUGGGAACAAAACAUUCAUCUAUAACAUUUCAGUGUAUCCACAGCAAUUGUUUCUCAGACUUAUACAUGUAUGAGUAUGUUUCCAUUUUUUUUUAUUGAAAAUGGAAAUUCUUAGUUAUUUUACAAUUAUUGUUAAAUGUUUUUGAGAAUAUAAAUUAUUUCAAUUUUCACAUCACUUGAUAAUUAAUGCCAAAUCAUAAUUUUUACGUCUUUUUUCUUAGCUUCUUGUUAUUGUAUAAUAUGAUUCAAACGGCGUAUGCUUUCAAAGGCGAUUAAUUAGUAUUAAGAUGUAUUAUUGUACUAGACUUAAAAAAGGUAUAACUUACUGGAUAAGUUCUACACUAAAUUAUGAUAACGACUUAUGAUUAUAAGGUACGAAUAGUUUUAAGGGGAUAGACCAGUAUCAAAUCUUGUAAAUUAAAAAAUAUGAAAAUGAAAUUAUGAAAU